UAUAUAAUUAGGCAAAGCGCCUGUCACGUAAAUCAUCACAAGUGCUAAGGAACGACAUCCCGUUCUAUCAUUUUGUGCGAUUUUUCUGAGUCUUUUAAAAUGGCGUCUUUACGGAUCCGACCUGUGCUUAGCCUUUCCCCACGAGUCGUCACAGGCGUUCGUGCCGUUUUCUUACGACAAGCUCCAGUUAUCAAUCGAAAUCUGCUUGCAUUUUACGCAAGUCAAGAACAACAAGACAAAAAUUCUAAGAGACCUUGUUACGAUGAAAAUGGCGGUGAAGUGACGUUAACGUGUUUAAAGGAACUUCUUUCGAAGGCAGAUAUUCAGCUUUUCGAUGUUCGAAACCCCGAGGAAUUACUCGAAACUGGCCAAAUACCUGGAGCAGUUAAUAUCCCUCUUUCAGACAUCACUGCAGCAUUUAGUUUGCCUCCUGCAAUUUUCGAACAGAUCUACGAUGUUCCAAUGCCAAGCAAAACAGACAACAACAUUGUAUUUCACUGUAGAACUGGUGUAAGGGCCCAGAAUGCCAUAGACACCCUGAAAAACCUUGGUUUCAAAGGGACACAUAAUUACACCGGAGGGUGGGUAGAAUGGCAAGAAGCAAUGAAGAAAGACACAGAGUCAAAUUCCUGACUCAGGAUUAUUAGUUUAUUGAUCUAAGAUUUUUCUACCUUCUUCAUGCAUGGAUAUCCACACCUCUGCCUAAUCCUUUAAAAUUAAGGUGUUAUUUGAAGUGUUUGUGUGGGUUGAUUUAAUGUAAUGAGAAUUAUAUUUUAAAUUCUAUAUUUAUAUAAUAUUAUUUGACAAUCUUCAAUAAUCAAAUAACUCACUUUUUGGUGGUCAGGGAAAGUACACAGCCUGCUCCUUUGCUACACACCUGAUGUGCCUGUAGUUUAUUUAUUUUAUCAUUUUCUAUUUUUGGUAGCUGUAGGCCUCUGUUAUUUAUGUAUACAGAAAACAUAUAUUUUAAUGUACAAAAAAACAUGCAAACUACCGCUUCAUCCCUAGAAGCUCGUUUCGUGGUUGCUCACUCAUAGAUGAAAGCAGGCCAAUAGCCAGAAUUUUGACUUGGGUGGGGGGUUCGUUUACCCAUUUAGCAGACCAUUUCCUCUUAGAUAGAGCUCUUCCUAGUACUCGUAGUGGUAUUCAAUUUUUCUUUAUUAGAGCGAACCUUCCAGUCUUCUAGGGGGGGGGGGGGGGGUCUUGUUCUUGUUCCCACUUGGCUAUGGAAAUGGAAAUAUUAUAUAUAUAGAUAAAUUAUAUAUAUCACUACUGUAAAUAAUUUUUAAAGCACUAAAUAAAGUAUGUAGUUGCUGUCUA